GUCCAAACAAAAUCUAAAAACCUUGCACUGAGCGGUAACCACAGAGGAGUCACUGGCUGAUUGCAACACUACAGUAAUUUCCUGCUUUCGCUUUUGGAGAUGUGUCAGCUCCAGCCCCACACAGCUUAACCUCAGCCUCCCUGCGUGUUCCAGUGCUUCAGGCUCUGCUCCAAGAACCUGGUACAAGGAUGACGUGAGGGACUUGGAAGCAUCCUGGAUUUGGUAUCCAUGAAGAAUGACUGUGUGGUGAUUUAUAUCAAAUCCCCUUGGGGGGUUUGUUACAGCCAGUAACUCUGUGAAGCUGGCUCUCUUAUUGGCAGCAAAUUAAAAAAUGGUGCCUAAAAGGAGAAAACAAACAGGAGUCCAAACAAAAUCUAAAAAACCUUGCACUGAGCGGUAACCACAGAGGAGUCACUGGCUGAUUGCAACACUACAGUAAUUUCCUGCUUUCGCUUUUGGAGAUGUGUCAGCUCCAGCCCCACACAGCUUAACCUCAGCCUCCCUGCGUGUUCCAGUGCUUCAGGCUCUGCUCCAAGAACCUGGUACAAGGAUGACGUGAGGGACUUGGAAGCAUCCUGGAUUUGGUAUCCAUGAAGAAUGACUGUGUGGUGAUUUAUAUCAAAUCCCCUUGGGGGGUUUGUUACAGCCAGUAACUCUGUGAAGCUGGCUCUCUUAUUGGCAGCAAAUUAAAAAAUGGUGCCUAAAAGGAGAAAACAAACAGGAGUCCAAACAAAAUCUAAAAAACCUUGCACUGAGCGGUAACCACAGAGGAGUCACUGGCUGAUUGCAACACUACAGUAAUUUCCUGCUUUCGCUUUUGGAGAUGUGUCAGCUCCAGCCCCACACAGCUUAACCUCAGCCUCCCUGCGUGUUCCAGUGCUUCAGGCUCUGCUCCAAGAACCUGGUGAGUCUUGGUAUCCCCUCUUCUGGAGGAGACUGGGUGCUGGGUUCAGCUACUCCUGGAUAUUUUUUGUUGUUGUUGUCUCUUUGGGGCCGCACCCGCGGCAUAGGGAAGUUCCCAGGCUAGGGGUUGAAUCUGAACCGCAACUACCAGCCUUAUGCCAUAGCCACAGCUACACUGGAUCCUAAACCCACUGAGGAAGGCCAGGGAUUGAAUCCAUGUCGUCACGGACACCAGUUGGAGUUGCUGCUGCUGAGCCACAGUGGAACUCCUUGGCUCUUCCUAAAGAGACCUCUGCCAUCCCAGGGUGCAGCUGGGUCAGCCUGGCUCAGCCUGAGGGUGGAAAGACCCAUUUUGCACAGGAAAGCAGGAGCUGGCAGGUGUAAGGGUUUGUGUGAGAAGAGGUGGGGGUGGGGAGAUUACAUCCGUGUCCAGAGGCUCUAAGACUAGUGUUUAGGUUUGUGUUCAGACAACAGGAAAAAUUGCCCUUAUAUAAGGUGUAUGACCUGGGGACCACUGACUUCAGGCUCCUGUCUACUAUCUGGCGCACUGUGUCUGCAGGUACAAGGAUGACGUGAGGGACUUGGAAGCAUCCUGGAUUUGGUAUCCAUGAAGAAUGACUGUGUGGUGAUUUAUAUCAAAUCCCCUUGGGGGGUUUGUUACAGCCAGUAACUCUGUGAAGCUGGCUCUCUUAUUGGCAGCAAAUUAAAAAAUGGUGCCUAAAAGGAGAAAACAAACAGGAGUCCAAACAAAAUCUAAAAAACCUUGCACUGAGCGGUAACCACAGAGGAGUCACUGGCUGAUUGCAACACUACAGUAAUUUCCUGCUUUCGCUUUUGGAGAUGUGUCAGCUCCAGCCCCACACAGCUUAACCUCAGCCUCCCUGCGUGUUCCAGUGCUUCAGGCUCUGCUCCAAGAACCUGGUACAAGGAUGACGUGAGGGACUUGGAAGCAUCCUGGAUUUGGUAUCCAUGAAGAAUGACUGUGUGGUGAUUUAUAUCAAAUCCCCUUGGGGGGUUUGUUACAGCCAGUAACUCUGUGAAGCUGGCUCUCUUAUUGGCAGCAAAUUAAAAAAUGAAGCUGCUCCUUUUCCACUCAUCCUAACAGUGCACGAGAUUGGUCAGAAGCAUUUGAAAAAGAGGCAAACGGGGGUGCUGAGCAGUACAUGACGUGUUCAAAGGCACAGGGCGGAGCCUCCUCAACUAUUUUUGUGAUGCUGGGUCAGCGUGUUCGCCAGUUUGGUGAGAAACUGGUCCGAAGGCGGCCACUGGAGCCGAGGAACGAGUCUGAGAUUCCCACACCUCAUCUAAACACCUUCGACCUAGUGGUCUUUGGUGUGAACAGAACCCUGAGGGCUGGUGUGUACAUCCUAGCUGGUGCCGUGGCUGUGUAUGUAGCUGGACCUGCGAUCAUUAUCUCCUUCUUGGUGGCUGGCUUAUUUGCCCUGUUGUCUGGAUUCUACUUUGCUGAGUUUGGGGCCCGGGUACCCUGCUGUGGUUCUGUGUAUCUCUACAGCUAUGUGACAAUGGGACAACUGUAUGCCUUCAUCACUGGCUGGAACAUCAUACUGCAUUUCGUUCUUGCCACUGCCUACUUGACCAGGGCCUGGAGCUACACCUUUGACAGCCUGAUCGGGAACCACAUCUCACAAAAGUUAGAGGGAACGUUCUCUGAGCAUAUGCCCUCGUUCCUGGCCCCAUACCCAGACUUUGUUGCGCUGGCCCUGGUGCUGCUGAUGGCUGGGCUACUGAUUCUGGGCGUUCAUGUGACAGCUCGGGUUACCAAAGUGUCCACAGGUAUCAAUGCUUUGGUUCUCAGCUUCAUCAUCAUCUCUGGCUUCAUUAAGGGAGACCUGCACAACUGGCAGCUCACAGAACAGGACUACAAACUGGCCGCAUCUGACAGCUAUAGCCUGGGCCCUCUGGGUUCUGGAGGGUUUGUGCCCUUUGGCUUUGAAGGGAUUCUCCAGGGAGCAGCUGUGCCUUUCUACUCAUUCUUUGGUCUCAAUGCCAUUGUCACUACAGGGAAAGAAACCCCCAACCCUCAGCGUUCCAUCCCUUGGAGCAUAGGGAUCUUCAUCUCCAUCUGCUUUUUGGUCUACUCUGGUGUCUCAGCAGCUCUCACCCUCAUGGUGCCCUACUACCAGAUUCAUCCUUACAACCCCUUGCCGCAGUCGUUUCACCAUGUUGGCUGGGCUCCUGCCGGAUACUUUGUGGCUGUUGUCAUCCUGUGUGCUCUUUUUUACAGCCUCCUGGUUGUCAUGUUGACCAUGUCUCGGUUGAUUUGUGCAAUGGCAGAGGAUGGGCUCCUUUUCCGGGGACUUGGCAAAAUCUAUGCCCGAAGAGGCACCCCCAUCGUGGCCAUCCUGGUUUCUGCAACUCUUUCAGGGAUCAUGGCAGUACUUUUCGAGAUCCAUCAUCUUGUUGAACUCCUGUCAGUUGGGGUCUUGCUUGCUUACUUCCUAGUGGCUUUUUCUGUCCUGGUCCUCAGGUACCAGCCAGACCAGAGCUUCAGCAAGGAGAAAGUAGAGGAGGAAAUUGAGAUGGAGCCUAUAGUUGAAGGAAAUCCUUCCCCAUCUGUACCUGAAGCAGGAACCUCAAACCCUCUAAAGAGUCUGUGUAACCCUAUCAGCACCACCCCCACUCUGAAAUCUGGCCAGAUUGUCUAUGGAUGUGCCUUCCUGCUGGUUCUCCUGCUGACCAUCCUGAGCCUGCUUCUGGCCCUGUGGCCCAGCCACGUGUUCUCUGGAGACCCCGGGUUCACAGCAGGGGCUGUGCUGCUGCUGCUGCUCAUUGUGGGGAUCACUGCCAUCAUUUGGAGGCAGCCCCAGAACCCCUCUCCUCUUCACUUUAGGGUACUUUCUUUGCCUGUCUUCCCACUGAUCAGCAUCUUUGUGAACAUUUACUUGAUAAUACAGAUGACUACUGGGACUUGGGCCCAAUUUGGCAUCUGGAAUGCUGUUGGAUUUGCCAUAUACUUUGGAUAUGGGAUCCGACACAGCUUGGAGGAGAAGAGUGAUCAAAACCCACCAGCUUCCAACUUCCAUACUUUUGAUGAACACACCUCUAGUGCUAAAUACUGUUAACUUCAGCAAAUAGAUGCUGUGUGGUCCUCUCCAAAAGGGGAAAUGUCUUCUGAUUCAAGGGACUUUUUGAGCCUCUAUGGAGUGUGACGUUGGGAUGCAUGUAGAGCCUUCUAUUUAUUGCCACUGGACAGGAUGACUUUUAUGUAUAAUUUAAAGUAAACUUUUAAAAGUAUAACAUGCAUACAGAAACGUGUAUGCUUCAUAAGUGUGUGCUCGCAAGAUGACUUUUCACAAUUAAGUACAACAAUGUAACCAACAACAGAGGAAGAAAUGAACUGUUACCUUGCACAUAAGAAGCAUUUCUUGGAGUCCCCGUCGUGGCUCAGCCAAAAUGACUCUGACUAGUAUCCAUGAGGACGCAGGUUCGAUCCCUGGUCUCACUCACUGGGUUAAGGAUUGGCUUUGGCUGUGGUGUAGGCUGGCAGCUGCGGCUCUGAUUCAACCUACAGUGUGGGAACUUCCACAUGCCAUGGGUGAGGCGCUAAAAAGCAA